AUGUCUUCCGAUAUCAAAGUAGAAAAAACACCUGUCCAAGAGGGCUACUACCCGAAAUUCCUGGGAUUUAGCGGCCCCACACUGCAGAACACGGUCAGCGUGAUGGCUUCCGUUGGAUUUUUGCUUUUUGGAUAUGACCAGGGAGUCAUGGGCUCGCUAUUGACUCUGGACGCCUUUAGAGACACGUUCCCUUCCAUCGACACCAUCAGACACGCGGACGCUGCCACCAUGCAGGGAUUCACGAUCGCCGUUUACGAGGUUGGAUGUUUGGCCGGUGCUCUGUCGACGCUUUAUUUCGGAGACAAGAUCGGCAGACUGCGGUGUAUUUUUAUUGGCUGUGUCGUGAUGACUAUCGGGGCCAUCUUGCAAUGCACGGCCUUCAGCGUCGGCCAUCUGAUUGUCGGCCGGAUCGUCACCGGUCUCGGUAACGGAUUCAACACCAGUACGAUUCCUAUGUGGCAGGCCGAGUGCUCGAAGCCUCAGAAAAGAGGAAAGCUCGUGAUGAUAUCAGGUGCGCUGAUCACGGGAGGCAUUGCCCUUUCGUACUGGAUAGACUUUGGAUUCUACUUCACCAAAGGCUCUGUUGCAUGGCGGUUUCCUGUGGCGUUCCAGAUGAUUUUCCCACUCAUCAUUCUUCCCUUCAUCAUGAAGCUGCCAGAAUCGCCUAGAUGGCUCAUCAAGAAAGGCCACUACGAGAGAGCCAGAAUCGUGUUUGCGAGCCUGGACGGCGUGUCCACGGUGGACCCUGAAGUCGAGGAGCAGAUCAAUGAUGUGCGUGUCUCGCUGCUCGAGGAGCAACUCGAAGGCGGCGACACGUUCACCGCCAGCAAGCUGUUUACCCAGGGUGAGCAUAGAGACUUCCACAGAAUGUGUCUUGGCCUCUGGGCGCAGAUUUUCCAGCAGAUUACUGGUAUCAACCUGAUCACGUACUACGCGGGCACGCUUUUCGAGAAGUACAUAGGAAUGACGGCGUUCAACUCGCGGGUUCUGGCCGCCUGCAACGGAACAGAGUACUUCCUUGCGUCGUGGAUCCCCUUCUUUUUGAUUGAGAACGUCGGCAGACGGAAGCUGAUGCUCUUCGGCGCCGCAGGACAGUCGCUCACCAUGGCCAUGCUGACGGUGACAAUGUAUCUGGCCGCGAAGAAGGACGACAACCAUGCGGCCAUCGCGGCGGCCGUGCUGCUGUUUGUGUUCAACACGUUCUUCGCCAUCGGCUGGCUCGGCAUGACGUGGCUGUACCCGGCCGAAAUCCCGCCGCUCAGUAUCCGGGCCCCAGCUAACGCCGUCUCGACGGCUGGAAACUGGUCGUUCAACUUCAUGGUCGUGAUGAUCACGCCUGUUGCGUUCAAGAACAUCGACUAUUACACCUACACGAUCUUCGCCGUCAUUAACGCGCUGAUUGUGCCCAGCGUGUACUUCCUGUUCCCAGAGACUGCGGGCAGGUCGUUGGAGGAUAUGGACCACAUCUUCUCGCAGUGCGACCCAUGGAAGCCCUGGGAGGUGGUCGGCAUUGCCAGAAGAUACCCACGGACGCACGGCGUGGACGCCGAUGUCCGGCUGGAGCACGGCAAGGUCAGCGCCGAGAACAUCGAAGACGCUACUGGGUCCAGCGGGCCAUAA